UGGGAUUCUGAUAGGUAAAGAUUUGAAUUUUUGUGUGGAACAAGGAUGGAUUAUAGUUUGCCAAUAGCUAGCAGGACCAGACAGGGGCGAGCCCAGUUUUAUGAAGACUGUAUUGUGGAGAAGAAGGAGAAGAUGAAGAAGGGGAGGAAGGAGAGUAAUGGGGUUGACUUGGCUGGUUCUAGCAGACCCCAUAGAGUUGACGGGGUUAAAGGGUAUGAGAGAUUAGGGUCUGAGAGUGAGUCUUUUGCUGUGUCUGAUAGUAGCGUGGAGGAGAUUGAUGUGGAUGAUUGUAGUGAAGAAGGAGAUGAAUUGGUGGAUUUUGUGGGGAAUGAGAGUUUGAAGUUGAAGAAUAAGGGAAAUUCAAAUAAGGGUUUUGAGGGAAUGGCCAAUGUGGAUGAAAUUAUGCUGGAUGAUAGUGAGGAUGAGGUGGUUAUUUUGGAUGAAGGAGGAGAUUUGGUCGGGGAAGAGAGAGAGGAGGAUGUUAUUUGUAUAGAUGUUGAUGAGGAGAAUGAUAUGAGUGAGAAAGAUGUGACUGAAAGUGGUGAACUGAAUUCUGAUUGGAGGAGGGGUAAUGAUGAACCUGUUUCAUUGAGAAAAGGAAAGGGUGAGACUAAUAGCUUGAACAUAGAUGAGAGGAAGAGUAGUGAGGAUGGGGAUGGUUGUGGUGAUGCUGUGUUUGAUGAUUCAUGUGAUGCUGUUGAUUUAGUAGGGUCUGACUCAUCGUUAGAAUCAUCCUCUUGUGAAGAGGACAAAAAUGAUGAGGAUGAUCAGGAUUAUGAAGUGGAAAAGUUGGAAACUUGUGCUAGUUUGGAGCAAUUGAGUUCGGAUAGUGGGGGUGAAGAGGAGGAAAAAGGGGAAGGUGCUGAGGAAUUUGAGGUUGUGAAGAGAGGGAGUCAUGGGAGGGGGAGGCCAAAAGGAGUUGAUGUUGGGUUGAAGAGGAGGAAGUAUGGAUUGGAAAUUUUGGUUGAUGUAGAGAAUGACGAAGAUAAUUGUGUGGCUCGAAGAACCCGUUCUUGUUUUGUUUCAAAAUUGGGAAAAAAGAAAAUGAAGCUCGGAACUUUAAGUCACCCACUUUGUGUUGAUGAGGAGGAAGUGGAGUCUUCAUCCGGGCAUGAUGAUAGUGAUGAUGUUGCUGAUGAUAUUGGCAGUGGUCGUGUGAAGGCUGGGUCUAAUGAUGAGAAUGAAGAUUAUUUUAGUGAUGGUGAGACUGGUCAUGGUGGUAAGAUAAAAUCUGUGUCUACUAGUGAGAAAUUUAAAACUAACAGAGGCAACAUAGAUGCUUGUGAGAGGAAUUUACAUGGGAAGGAUAAAGGGAAGUUGAAGAUACCAAUCAAGGGAAAUCGCAUCCGUCUGUCAAAAAAUUGUAAUGUUUUGACAAUUCUUGCGGAUUCCAUUUUGGAGAAGGGAGAUCGUUUGGAAGAAUUGGUUUCUUUUAGAGAUGAAAGUAAUCCACCAGUUGCUGAGAUGUCUCUCCCAUUGAAGUUCACUUUUGGAAUUCAGGAGUCGAAUCCACCAGAGAAAUCAGAAGAAGAGAAAGAAAUGGAUAAACUUUGGGCUGAUAUGGAGUUAGCUCUUAGAUCGAGUGAAAUUGGUUAUGUUGAUGCUGCUGAGUCCCCAGGUGGUUGUGAUUGA